CCGUUCCAGCCUUCCAGGUGGGGUUGAUCAGAGAGAAAGCACCUAGCAACACUAAACAGAGAGAGAAGCUCAAUCAAUGCAUGCGCAGUGCUCGCCUCUCUCCACUCUCUCUCAAGAAUCACUCCCCGUCUCCGCACAUCUGAAACUUCUCACCGUCUUGGCAGCGAAGGAAAGCUUAACCCCAGGCAGCCAUGAGGCGGCGGCCACCUUUCCAUGGCAAUGUCGCCGCCGCCGCCGCCGCUGUGCUCCUGCUGCUGCUGUCGCCCGUCCCGACGUCCCAGCUCGGCCUCGGCGGCGCCAUUAGCGCCUGGAUCAACGGAACGCCACCGCCGCCGCCUCCUAGUCCAGCCUCCUCGUCCUCGCCCGCGCAGGGCCAGAGCCAGGAAUAUGCGGCGCUGCAGGCGCUGAAGGCGGCCGUCACUGAGGAUCCCCGCGACGCGCUGUCGUCGUGGAAGGGCGCCAACGUCUGCGCCUACAAGGGCGUCUACUGCUCCGCGCCGCCAGACGGCGCCGCUGCAUCGGGAGCGUCCACGGUGGUCGCGGGCAUUGACCUCAACCACGCCAACCUCCGGGGCACGCUCCCUGACGCCGUCUCCCUCCUCGCGCACCUUACGUUCCUCCACCUCAACAGCAACCGCCUCGCCGGCGCCGUCCCCGACGCGCUCCGGGGCCUGCAGUACCUCACCGAGCUCGACCUCAGCAACAACCUCUUCUCAGGUCCCUUCCCCGCGUCCACGCUGCUCAUCCCCUCGCUCGUGUACCUCGACCUCCGCUUCAACGCCUUCUCCGGCGAGCUCCCGCCCGAGGUCUUCGUCAAGAACCUGGACGCCGUGUUCCUCAACAACAACCAGUUCGAAGGCCAGAUCCCGGAGACGCUGUGGUCGUCCCCGGCCACGGUCAUCACGCUGGCGAACAACCGGUUCACUGGCCCCGUGCCGGUCGCCUACGGGUACAGCAGCGGCCGGGUCCGUGAGGUGCUGUUCCUGAACAACAACCUCACGGGCUGCGUCCCGGAGGCGCUGGGGUUCCUGCCGUGCAUCCAGGUGCUGGACCUGAGCUAUAACGCGCUGUCGGGCCACCUGCCGAGCACGCUCUCCUGCCUGUCGGGCAUCGAGGUGCUCAACAUCGCGCACAACCAGCUCACCGGCGAGCUCCCGGACCUGCUGUGCGACCUGCGGCGGAUCACGAACCUGUCCGUGUCGUUCAACUUCUUCUCCGGGAUCAGCCAGCGCUGCGACCGGCUGGUGGGCAGGAGCAUUUUCGACUUCGUGGGCAACUGCGUGCCCGGGCGGGGCAUGCAGCGGCCGCAGCCCGAGUGCGACGACUUCCCCGGCGACGGCGGGCUGAGCUGCCUCCGCAUCCCCGGGGUGCGGUCCGUCGGGUGCGCCGAGGCCGCUGUCUCUAUCGGCGUCGGCGUCGGCGUCGGGGGCCUGCCGUUCGGGCUGCCAGGCGCCGCCGCCGGGGGCGUGGUCACCGUCACCGUGCCCUGAUCUGCCGCUUGGUCUGCAUUUUCUUUUCUUUUUCUUUUUCUUUUUCUUUUGGGGGGCAAUUGGCCUGGAUCGGCUUUGCAAUCGCAUCGAUAAUUACGUGAUGGGGGUAAUUGGUGAAUAGUGGUUGGUUCUUGGCUGGUU